AUGGCUGUGCAUACUUUCGCUCAAGCAAUGUACAUCACUGUAUCGUCCAGCCGACCCAAUCCCUCCACAACCUUCACCAGCAUUUCGUGUCGACGCCAUGAGCUCGAAAGGAGGCUUUCGCCAGUCGUUAAGGAGCAUUUUCUUGAUCGCCCUCCUUCCCGUGGAGGUUCCCGCCCUGAAUCGACUGUGAACUUGGCUGUCCCACAAGUAAAUGUUCCCCAAGUGGCCACCCAGCAAGGCGUCCAACAAGAUGUAGACAUGACAGAUGGAACCAACUCAUCUCAGUCCCGACCGGCGUCUAUGCCAGUCCCUAUGCCCACUGGCACCACUUCGACAGCAUCUUCCAGACUAACCCCCGAGCCGUCACACGCACGCCGAAAUUCGCACUCUCGCACUCGCACAUCAUCUUAUGUUCCGCCCGUACCCGAAAAUGAGAACCGGGCCCUAUCAUCGCUGGCCACCCAGUGUGCACUCACACUCUCCGAAGUCACCAAGGAGAUUGCGCCUAUACCUGCCAUUGGCCCGCUAUGUGGCUGCCUGAAGCAGGUGUUCCAAGCCGUAGAGCGAUCAAAGGUUAACAAGGACCAAUGGAAGCUACUGCGAGGUCGAUGCGUGAUGGUUAUGCGCAUCGCAGGAGCACAUGUCGAUAACUAUGGGAAGGAACAGUACCCUAACCUGGACGAGGCAGCAGCGGUCCUCCAAGAGACUCUGAAUCGAAUCGAAGAACGCGCACGAUACUACAACGAAAUGAACGAGCUGAUCGCGUUGGUGCUUUACCAAUCGAUCAGUGACGAGAUUCGCAUGCUCUUUGCUGAUCUGGAUGCGUGCUUGUCGUUGUUCAAUUUCACGGCCGAAGUGGCUCAAGACCAAUGGACAGGCGAAUAUCAGGCCGUUCAGAGGCGCGAAUCGAGUGAACUCCAGCGCCUGAGAGGAGAGCUCGAGAAGAUGAACGUCAACUUUGAUGCACUACGCUCGAACCAAGGCGAACUACUGGAAAAGACAAACAGGAUGGUUGACGCCUUGCAGCAAGUGCUGAACGACAAGUCUAUGAUCCUUCAAGACCAGUCAACCACGACAGUAGCUACGUAUGUAGAUGCCCAGCAGCUCGUGCGCACCAUUCUAUCAGUCACGAAGCUUCAACUGCCGCCCAAGCUUCUUCUCGGCAAACAAUGUAACCUUGAUGCGCCGAUCCCGAUCAAGACUGGAAUUACGUGCGACAUCUACCAGGCCUCGUUCUUGGGCGGAGAGAAGGUGGCGAAGAAGGUGUUCAGGAUCGGAAUGUCGGACAAGGAAUAUGUGGAGAAGUAUGCGACGCGGUUCUUGCGAAUUGCCAACUUGUGGUCCGAGUUUCGUUCGGACUAUACGCUGCCGUUCUAUGGUAUAGGGAUGGAGUCGUUUGAGGGUGACAACCAUUUUCAGCUGUAUAUGGUGUCGCCGUUGAUGAAGAACUUUGACGCAAUAUCGUUCCUGAAGCAGUACAGGAAUAAUCAGGGCAUGAAAAGGGGCAUGCUUCGUAUCAUUACGGACGCUGCCAAGGGCCUCCAGUAUCUGCAUAACCGAGAUCCGCCGGUGGUGCAUUCUGGGAUGAGAGGGGAUAAUAUACUGAUCACAGAUAGUGAGGGAGGUAUCCUGGGAGGAUUCGGGCUUACGAAGGCGCUCGAGAGUGUGGGGAACAACAAAAUUCCGCCUGCGGUGAUGACAGGCAAGACCGAAUCCCAGCGAUGGAUGGCACCUGAAAUGUUUGUUGACGACCCACCACUGGAAACGCCGUGUGAUGUUUGGGGGUGGGCAAUGGCCGCGCUCGAGAUCAUCAGCGGGUCAAUCCCCUACCACACGCACAAACAAGCGAUGACGAUCAUUCUCCAAAUCAGCAAGGGACCGCCCCGGCGAGAGCACCACGCCAAGUUCGAAGAGUACGCAUACAGGCCGGACGAGAUGUGGGCGCUGUUGGAAAAGUGCUGGGCCAUGGAGCCGUCGGAGCGUCCGAGUAUUGAUGAGGUUCUGGUCGAGCUGAAGCGGAUUGCGAAGAUGCCCGAGGCAGAAGGUAAUGGCGGGGGUGUGCGAGGGCUAUCGGCGCUUUUAAUCCUAGAAGAGUUAAUGAAGCGGAUACAACACCUCGAGAAGCUCGACUCCCCCCCGAAGCCUCAUCAGUACUUUGAUCUCAUCGCAGGCACUGGCACAGGCGCCAUCCAAGCCUGUAUGCUAGGAAGGUUGCGCAUGGGGAUAGAUGAGGCUAUCGAGUCAUACGCCAGCGUUGCGAAAGAGGUGUUCUCGGAAAGAAAAUGGAUCGGGAAAGGUGCCUUCAGGACCACCAAGCUCAAGAACGCGAUCAGAAACACCAUACAAACCGUAACCGGAAACCCGGAUGAGCCGAUGAUGGAAAGAAAUCUAACCACACCCCUAGUAUUUGCCAUGUCAAGACACAACAUGAGGGCAGGUAUACCUACCGCAUUUCGAUCGUACCCUGCUACCGCCAACGAAGGCCCCAGGUGUACGGUAUGGGAGACCGUGUGCGCGACCAUGGCGCAUCCGGAGCUGUUCAAGAGCUUCGACAUCGGCAGCCCACCUCUGAAGCAGUCGUUUGUUGACGCAGGACUUGGAUGCAGCAACCCCCUUGCUUAUGUGCUAGCCGAAGUAAAGAGACUACACCCAGGAAGACAUGUGUCAAUCACCCUAAGCAUAGGCACCGGUCAUACAAGUACGAUACAGAUCCCAGAUGGACCGGUAUUCCUUCAGUUUCUACCAACGGCUGCGAUCGGAGCAAUGAAAGGAAUCGCAGAGGAUGCAGAGAGGGUGGCAGAAGAGAUAGCAAGGCGAUUCAGCUCAGUCGACGGAGUAUACUUUCGACUCAACGUUGAUCAAGGAUUGCAAAGCGUUGAAGUGUCCAAGUGGGACCAGCCAAGCGAGGUAGCGGAGCAUACACGUGCAUACAUGAGGAUGUUCGAAGUCAUACAAACAAUCGACAAAGCAGCACAAGCGAUACGAGUGAGAAACCCAACUAUAUCCACGGCACAGAUUGAUGGCGAGAUCCAGCUUGGAGUAUCCUACGUUAGGGAUCCAAACGUUGUGUCGGUGGCUCAAUACUGCCCGUCCCCCAGCUCCAUUUUCACAGGGUGCAGGCUCAAGCUUCACAGGAUGGAGUCAUGUAUCGUCGGAAGCGAUGUGGAGCGCAGAGUGUGCGUCGUACACGGGCUUGGAGGGGCAGGAAAGACGCAGAUAGUACUCAAGGUCAUAGAAACAACGCGGCGCAAAUGGAAGGAGAUCAUAUACAUCGACUCAAGCACCCGUGAAUCCAUCGAAGCCGGACUACAAGAGGUGGCCACGGCCAAGAAGCUCGGAGAUACGCAUCGAUCUACACUUCAGUGGCUUGAGUCAUACCGUCAGCCCUGGCUGCUUGUGUUGGAUAGUGCGGAUGAUCCGUCGGUCUCGAUUCGUGACUACAUCCCUCGAGGCAAUCAUGGCAGCGUAAUAAUCACCACCCGGCUAUCUGGCAUGACUACACUUGCGCGGGGGCAAAACUCUGAGUGCAGCGUAUCAAGUAUGGACCCGGACGAUGCGAUGUCAUUGCUACUCAAGUGCGCACGGCUACAUGAUCGGGAACUAUCUUUAGAAGAGACCGAGAGUGCCGAUGCCCUACUUAGGGAGCUCGGUUACUUCGCACUCGGGAUCGUACACGCGGGGUCGUUCAUAGGAAACUCACCACACAUGUCACUUACGGACUACAGAGCGCUAUUCAUGCGGGAGCAGCGGAGAGCGCUAGAAGCAUACAGCAACUUGCCGGCCGCAAUCAAGGCCGACGACUACCGACAUACUGUAUAUACCGCCUGGAUCGUAUGCUACGAUGGUCUUAGCUCACGUGCUCAGGAGCUGCUCUGGCUGAUUGGCCACUUGCAUUACACUGGAAUCACAGUCGACAUGUUUCGACGAGCGGCGGUUGCUAUUGUAUCAUAUAAGGCCAAGUAUCCGAUGACACAGCUCGAGGAUUUGGCACAGCAAAAGCUGAAGGAGGCGCUACGCGCGUUCAUGAGCUCAAGUGGAGGAUGGGACGGACUUCUAUUCACGCAGGUCAUCGACGAGCUAGCAUCAUGCUCGCUACUGGAGUACGAUCGUAUGAAUCAGGCUUAUCGCAUCCAUCUACUUGUUCAGGACUGGGUCCGUACAGUUAUACCGUAUGAAAGUGAUCUAGCAGCGAAGUGCGCUGAGAUACUAGUUUCGAUAUCAGUCUCUGGGUGCAUGGACAAUAGUGUAGAGUCCGUCAUGGUACGAAUGAGCGUUGGACUUCAUGUGGAUAGGGUACUUCCGGAAUGCACUGAAAGUACUGGGAUAGACCAUCUGCGGCACUUCUACGAGAUAUAUAUGAGUCGUGGGCGGUGGGACAAGGCGGAGCAAUUUCAGGAACACAUCGAAAGAAGACUUAGACAAAUGCGAGGUGACGAGCACCCCGAUACAUUGGGAAGUAUGAACAACCUUGCAAACGCUUACUCCGACCUGGGCCGAUAUGAGGACGCGAGAGCACUGCACACUCAGGUGCUAGACACACGAAAGCAAGUGCUGGGAACCGAUCAUCCCGAUACACUGACAACCAUGAACAACCUUGCAACUGCUUACUCCGACCUGGGCCGAUAUGAAGACGCAAGAGCACUGCACACUCAGGUGCUAGACACACGGAAGCAAGUGCUGGGAACCAAUCAUCCCGAUACACUGAGAACCAUGAACAACCUUGCAAACGCUUACUCCGACCUGGGCCGAUAUGAGGACGCAAGAGCACUGUACACUCAGGUGCUAGACACACGGAAGCAAGUGCUGGGAACCAAUCAUCCUGAUACACUGACAACCAUGAACAACCUUGCAAUCGCUUACUCCGACCUAGGCCGAUAUGAGGACGCAAGAGCACUGUACACUCAGGUGCUAGACACACGAAAGCAAGUGCUGGGAACCAAUCAUCCUGAUACACUGACAACCAUGAACAACCUUGCAAUUGCUUACUCCAAGCUGGGCCAAUAUGAGGACGCAAGAGCACUGUACAAUCAGGUGCUAGACACACAGAAGCAAGUUCUGGGAACCGAUCAUCCCCAUACACUGAGAACCAUGAACAACCUUGCAAUCGCUUACUCCGACCUGGGCCGAUAUGAGGACGCAAGAGCACUGCACACUCAGGUGCUAGACACACGGAAGCAAGCGCUGGGGGCUAAUCAUCCCGAUACAAUGAGAACCAUGAACAACCUUGCAAACGCUUACUACUACCUUGGCCAAUAUGAGGACGCGAGAGCACUGUACACUCAGGUGCUAGACACACAGAAGCAAGUGCUGGGAACCGAUCAUCCCGAUACACUAACAACCAUGAAUAACCUUGCAAACGCUUACUCCGACCUGGGCCGAUAUGCGGACGCAAGAGCACUGCACACUCAGGUCCUAGACACACGGAAGCAAGCCCUGGGAACCAAUCAUCCCGAUACACUGGCAACCAUGAACAACCUUGCAAACGCUUACUCCGACCUGGGCCGAUAUGCGGACGCAAGAGCACUGUACACUCAGGUGCUAGACACACAGAAGCAAGUGCUGGGAACCGAUCAUCCGGAUACACUGAGAAGCAUGAAUAACCUUGCACAUGCUUAUUUAAAACUUGGUCUUGUUUGGGAGGCAGAUAGUCUCAGCCUGAAUGUUGGUGACUUUAUUAGGGUCUUCGGUGAAGGUCAUACAUGUGUUGGUUCUGUUAGGCGGCUUAUGAGAGAAAUUCAGGAUCGAAGGCAUCGUGAAGCGCAUAGACAGGGUAUUUUAGGGAGGCAGAAGCCUUGA